AGGUAUUAGGUACCACCGAAUGAGUAUUCCUCACUGCACUCCUUUGCACGUCGACUGAGCUGAGCGAGGAAUAAAAAGCUGUGGAUUGUUUCUGGAAAAUACAAGGGAGCUAAAACUUCAUCACCAUGUUCAAGCAAAAAGUGAUCAAGCAGGGGAAGGAGUAUGAUAGCAUCGUACGGCAGUGCAGACAGUCAGGGGCCAAGUUUGAGGACCCUCUCUUUCCUGCUUGCGUUGAAUCGCUUUUCUUUGAGCAGAAGCCGCCUCAGCCAUUCGUAUGGAAGCGACCCAGCGAAAUUGUCCAGAAUCCUCAACUGUUUGUAGGUGGUGCCAGCCGAUUCGACGUUGCACAGGGACAACUUGGUGACUGUUGGUUCCUUGCUGCCACUGCUGGUCUCUCUCUGGAUGAUCAUCUUCUCAAGAAGGUCAUCCCCCCUGACCAGAACUUCGACCUGGGAGUGGUCAAGUUCAACUUCUGGCAGUACGGCAAAUGGGUGACGGUUGUCAUUGACGACCAGCUGCCCACCUACAACAAUGAGCUCGUCUUUGUGCACUCCAAGGAGAAGAAUGAGUUCUGGAGCGCCCUCUUGGAGAAGGCGUACGCCAAGCUCCAUGGUUCUUACGAGUGCUUGAAGGGUGGCAAUGUGAUCGAGGCUAUGGAGGACUUCACCGGUGGUGUCUCUGAGUCCAUUGACCUGAAUCAGAACCCACCUAAAGGUCUGUUCAAGAUCCUCAAAUCCUCCUACGACAGGGACUCCCAGCUCGGCUGCUCCAUCAAUGCCAAACCAGGCGUGACGGAGGCCAAGCUACCCUCCGGUCUCAUCGCAGGACAUGCCUACACCAUCACUGAUGUCAAGAAGGUUAACGUUAAGGGCCGCGAUGUGCGUCUUAUCAGGAUCCGCAACCCAUGGGGGGCAGUCGAAUGGAAUGGAAGAUGGAGCGACAACGCUAGAGAAUGGGACGAUAUAAAUCAAAGAGAGCGCAAAAACCUUGGAUUGGUCAGCGGCGACGACGGUGAAUUCUGGAUGGAAUUCAGUGACUUUAAGAGGAAUUUUGAGAGGGUCGACAUGUGCCACUUGAGUGCAGAGGCUAUGACAGGCAAGGGCAAGAGGAAGUGGCAGGCCAUCGUCAACGACGGCAAAUGGCAGAAAGGAGCUACUGCUGGAGGAUGCCGCAACUUCCCUGAUUCCUUCUGGAUCAAUCCCCAGUUCUCCCUCAUCUUGGAGGAGGAGGAUGACAAGGAUGAUGUCGGAGAUGAAGAAGACGAGGACCCAGGACAAGAUAAGCCAGGAUCUACCUUCUUGGUCGCCCUCAUGCAGAAGAACAGGCGAGCACAGCGCAAAAUGGGCGUCGACAACCUCACCUGUGGUUUCGCCAUUUACCAGACUGACGGCAACUUUGACGCCUCCGUCGGACUUCCCAAGGACCACUUCCUGUACAACGCAUCUACAGCUCGAUCACCCUCUUUCACCAACACCCGUGAGGUGAGCGGAAGAUUCAAGCUGCCACCCGGCCACUAUGUUAUCGUCCCUUCGACCUUUGAACCCGGCCAAGAGGGUGACUUCCUCCUGCGUAUCUUCUCCAUGAAGCUGAGUAAGGGAGUAUCUAUUGAUGAAGAGUCUGGCAUGGUAGACGUACCCAAACAGCCGCCACCACAGGACGAUGCUCAGACUCAACGCUUCCGUGAGUUCUUCAAGAAACUCACCGGCCCUGAUAUGGAAGUCGAUGCCUGGGAGCUACAGGAGAUCCUGAACGCAGCCCUGCGCAAAGAUUUACAAGUACCUGGUGAGCUCCAAGGUGGUGGAUUUAGCCUGGAAUCCUGCAAGAGUAUGGUCGCUCUCACCGAUGACGAUCGUUCUGGCAAACUUGGAUUUGAAGAGUUCAGAGAGCUGUGGCAGAACAUCAGCGCGUGGAAGGCUGUUUUCAAGAAGUAUGACCAAGACAAGUCUGGCUCAUUCAAUGGCUACGAGAUGAAGGGUGCUCUACGCUCACUUGGAUUCAAACUGAGCAAUGAAUCAUUCAGCGCCCUGAUUCUGCGCUAUGCGGACAAGAAGGGUACCGUUUCAUUCGACUCCUUCAUUGCUGCUGCCAUCAAGCUCAAGUACAUGUUCACCUCCUUUGCAGCCAAGAGUCGUGGGGGCAAUGCCUCGUUUGGAUUAGAUGAAUUCCUGACGAUGAACAUCUACUCUUAGAUCCGAUGGGGACCAGAGAGAGAGAGAGUGAGAGUGACAGAAAUUACUACCAGGGUCAAAGGUCACGAAGGUCAUUACAGGCCAGGUGAUACCUCUCACAAAAUCAGGAGAUUAUCAUGUAUUUUUUAAACUCAAAAUAAAAAUUUUGUAUAUCGAUAGCGAAUGUAAUUCACAUGUAAAAUAAUUAUAUCUGAAAAAUCCAAUUAGAAUGAUGUAGAGAUCGAGUCUAGCUCAGCAGAGAUAGAGAAUGAAUAGAAACAAAUAGAAAUAUUUCAAUAUUUGUGUGUCUUAUAACCUAUUCUUGUAGGUUAUUUUAUUGGUAUUAUACAAUUCAAUUCCAGUUAUUUCAAAUACUCUGUACUAAAGGGCCAUUUGAAUGGCAGUAUAAAAUGCAAUCUUGAUUAUUUCAAAUGAUUGAUCAAACUUUUUGUAUGAAAUACAUGUAGUAUUGAUAUUUUUUCAUAAUAUAGUUUAAAAUAGAAUCAAUUUAGGAUCUGCUCUCCUCAGUGUGAUAAUGUAUUUGCAUUAACAAAUCACAUCAUGUUUAAGUGAUAUAUUAGUUUCACUCUGUAUUAUUUUGCUUGGCAUGAAAUAUGUCAGAAGUUUUAGAAUUGAAUAUCACUUUAUCUUACGCACUCUGUAUAGCCAUAAUUUGACAGUGGAAGGUAAUAGGUAUGCUUGGGAAUUGAAAGAUAUAAUUGUUUAUCGUAAGAGCAUGAAAGUAGUGAGUAUGUAUUCAAUGUUGUUACAGCGUGUACUUAAAAGUGCUUUUUGUGAUAGAAGUUAAAUAAUAGUAAGUGCUUGUAUAUUUUGAUUUUUUUUCUUUGGAGGACUGCAUCAAUAUAGAGGGGGUCCUAAUAGUAUGCUAAAAAAAGAUUUAAUUUCACAGAGUGAAAAAACAUAUGAAUUCAUUGAUCACUCUCCCAUUUUCAAAAGCCAUUUUUUUCCUUGUACCAAGAACUUCCAGUAGAAAAAUAUAUAUCAAUGCCAGGGUAAUUAUUCUGAAAAACGCAUAGAGACAUAUUUUCAAUAUAUUUUCCAUGUGUUAUGAAACUGCAGGGUUAGAUAACUAUGACUGUUAUUGUGAAAAUGAGGGUUCUUUCAAACUGCAAAUAAUAAAAGAAAAACAGUACUUUGCUUGGGUUAUAAGCAAUGCCAUUUGCCUUGAUGUCACUCUGUUAUUGUGCUGGGCGCAUACUCAUGAAAGGAAAUCACAGAAAAGAAUAGAUUCUCAACAAAUAAAUUUGUUGAGAAAUUAUCUGAUCAGUCAAUCGAAUUGAAAUUUGCUGGAGUAUAAACUUUAUCAUGCAUUGAAAUCUCUGCUUCAAUCAAGUCUAAUUAUUCUCUCAUUUUAAUUUGUAUAUAAUGAAAAGCUGGCUUGGAAAACAAUCAUGUAACUGUCACAGUCAUGGAUUAUAAUCAAAGUUGAAAGAAUUUUGUUGGAGUGUUAAAGAAUCAUGUUCAUAAAUUUGAAAAUUGAAUAGAUCUACAAGCAUAUUUUCACUUUGACAGUAUGCACUGAAAACUUUUUACUACAACUGAAUUAUACAUCAAUUUAUAUAUUUUUCAACAAUAAGAAUAGAAACUAUAUCAGGUCUCUUAGGUACCAUGUUCUUUGUCUUAUUAAUCAUGCCUUUUUAGAUCUUACAUAUAUAUAUGCAACCAUCUUCCUCACUUACUGAAUACGGAAAUUCUUUCAUGUUUGACAAUCUAUUUGUACCAUGUAACAGUUUUAAUGUUCUUUUUGUAUCAAACAAUUGUAUUCAUUGUAUUUUCUUUGGUUUGAAAUACAUGUUGAGGGUGCACAAAUGAUUUGAGUAACAUAUAUCGCAAUACUUUCUCCACUUGGCGACACAUUUUGUACUAGCACAUAAGGUGCUCUUUUUCAUGAACUUGCGGGGGAAACUGGUUUUAAAAAUUGUUUUGAAAUAACAAGAGUGGUUGAAUCCUAUUGGACUAAAGGUUUUUUUUUAACAAAUAGAUUGUUUAGUGUAGUUGGAAGUUAAAAGAAGUGGAAAUAUAUAAAAAGUGGUAAUAUGGUCACUAAUAUUACAGUCUUAUCAUAGAGUUGUGUAAGUGCUUAUCCGGGGUUGUGUGUGGUAAAAGGGUAGCAUAUUAAUAAAUUCAACUUAUAAAUUCA